AAGUUCCAAACCUAGCGAAUGGCUGAAGGUGGUCCUUUGUGAGUGGUAGUCAUCUGGUACUUCUUCAUAGUUGUUUUAUUCAGAAAAUUUCCUGCGUUGUUCAUGGAGUUUUUCAUCAGUAUGUCUGAAACCAUUAAAUAUAAUGACGAUGAUCACAAAACUGUGUUUCUGAAAACAUUAAAUGAACAACGUUUGGAAGGAGAAUUCUGUGACAUAGCUAUUGUGGUUGAGGAUGUUAAAUUCCGAGCACAUCGGUGUGUACUUGCUGCCUGCAGUACCUACUUCAAAAAGCUUUUCAAAAAACUAGAAGUUGAUAGUUCAUCAGUUAUAGAAAUAGAUUUUCUUCGUUCUGAUAUUUUUGAGGAAGUUCUCAAUUACAUGUAUACUGCAAAGAUUUCUGUUAAGAAAGAGGAUGUAAAUUUGAUGAUGUCUUCAGGCCAGAUUCUUGGUAUUCGUUUUUUAGAUAAACUCUGCUCUCAGAAACGUGAUGUAUCUAGUCCUGAAGAAAACACACAGUCCAAGAGCAAGUACUGUCUAAAAAUAAACCGUCCUAUCGGGGAAGCUAACGAUGCCCAGGACGAUGAUGUGGAGGAAAUUGGAGAUCACGACGAUAGCCCGUCAGAUGUGACAGUGGAAGGAACUCCCCCCAGUCAGGAGGAUGGAAAAUCGCCUACCACUACCCUGAGAGUUCAAGAAGCAAUUCUGAAAGAGCUGGGGAGCGAGGAGGUCCGAAAAGUCAACUGUUAUGGCCAGGAAGUAGAGCCUAUGGAAACAAGUGAAUCCAAAGACUUAGGAUCUCAAACCCCUCAGGCACUGACAUUUAAUGAUGGCAUAAGUGAAGUGAAAGAUGAACAGACACCAGGCUGGACAACAGGAGCUGGGGACAUGAAGUUUGAGUAUUUGCUUUAUGGUCACAGGGAGCAUAUUGUUUGCCAGGCUUGUGGCAAGACGUUUUCCGAUGAGGCACGACUGAGGAAACAUGAAAAGCUACACACUGCUGACAGGCCGUUUGUUUGUGAGAUGUGCACAAAGGGCUUUACCACACAAGCUCACUUGAAAGAGCAUCUGAAAAUACACACAGGUUACAAGCCUUAUAGUUGUGAGGUAUGUGGAAAGUCUUUUAUUCGUGCGCCRGAUCUAAAAAAGCACGAAAGAGUUCACAGUAACGAGAGGCCCUUUGCGUGCCAUAUGUGUGACAAAGCUUUCAAGCACAAGUCCCACCUCAAAGACCACGAGAGAAGACACCGAGGAGAGAAGCCUUUUGUCUGCACUUCCUGCACAAAAGCCUUUGCUAAGGCCUCGGAUCUAAAAAGGCACGAGAACAAUAUGCACAGUGAAAGGAAACAAGUUCCUGCAGCCAAUGCCAUCCAGAGUGAAACAGAACAAUUACAGGCAGCAGCUAUGGCUGCUGAAGCAGAGCAGCAGUUAGAAACUAUAGCUUGCAGUUAGAAACAAAAGCAGCAACUUUAACAGAAAUAAUAUAAGAAAUUAAACUGGUCAGAAUUUAUUGUUGGCAUAUGUUCAGACUGAUAGUUAUCUUUUCAAGAAAACAUAUUUUUAGAGGAUUUGAAUGCUGCAUAGGAACACACAGCAUUGCUUGGUUAGAUAUUUUAAAAUAAUUGAGAUGCGUAUUCUUAGAGCAUAAAAUCGUUUUGUUGCCAUUACAGCUAUAAUGCACUAACAUGUGGUUUAAUUUAAGAGUAUGAUCAAGUUCUCUGUAAAACAGAGGGAUCAUCACUGGCUGAUGUUUUGUUUCAUCUAGUAUGGAAUUACUACAUGCGUUGUAGACAUCAAAAUCAGUGAUUUAUGUUUAAAAAGGCUGACAUCUCAAAAUUACAAACAUGGAAACAAAGUACUUAUUUUUCAUAAUUUUGAAGGUGUCAUAUCUACAGUUUGUGAAACACAACCAUUGAUUUCCUAGGUUUUCCUUUACUUCCUCAUUUUUUUUUCACCUACUGUAGGUGUUAGAUUUUGAUACAGCAAAGAGCGAUGGGGAAGGUGAUCAAAUGAAACUGCUUCUUAAUCUGCUUCAUCAAGCAUCCUGUUGUUUUCAUCAAGCUAGUGAGCUUAUGGAAGUGGUAAAUGUUUGCUUUCCUGAAAAAAAAMCCCUGCAUUAUUCACAUUCACAGGACUCCAAGCUGGCAAAACAGGAAGGUCAUUGCGUUCACCUGUCCCUUCUGUGGGAAAAAAAUCUGCCCUGUUUGUUUCUGUGUUUGCUGUAGAAAUCUAGUGCAGUCCCCAGGAGAUGGGACAGAGCAACAUAGAAAAAAGGGUGCAGCAGGAAGCAUGUGUUUUCCUUGCUCAGAGCCAGCUGAAAUUAGUUAAAGCUACUGAAAUUAGUUAAAGCUAAUACAACCUGAGGUUGUAGUUUCUAUGAUGCAGCUUUCAAGUUUUCACUUCACCUAACCCAGUGCAAAUGGAUGCAAAGGAGCGUUUCUGGCAGCACAGCAGAAUUAGCUGCACUAUCACAUGCGUGGAAUUCCCUGCCAGACCUCCCAGGCUCCCAUGUAAAGCCACAGGUUACAGAUCCCUGCCAGCGAUUUUCAGGCUGGGCUUUAUAUCUUGGAUAGUCACAGCAGCCAGUAGGUCCUGCCUGGUUAAGUCUAAAAAUUUCUGCCUUCUGACAAACUACCUCUCAGCGAGAGGAAGAUUUUCGGGAGUGAUUUCAGUCGUCAUUGAUGCAGAAUCAGUGUUUCUUAAUGGUCUGUUCCUUAGAGUUGCCUAUUUUUAAUUUUUUUUUUUUUUUGAACCACCUUGGGAAGAUGCUGUUAAUUCAGUUCUCACAGUGUCAGCAAAAUCCGUAGUCUUUGGAUUGAACUCUCCUAUGCCUUGUCAACAAGAGAAGACAGUAAGAGUGGUAAAGUGAUCAAACCAAUAUCAAGCCUUUAUUUUAAGUGUGUAAAUACUACAACAGUUGUCAACACUUCACUGAAUGUUGGAAUGGGCAAAAAUGCACUCUCGUGCACMUGGUUGGCAUACGUUGGUCACAUGAGCUACCUAUACCAUAUGAAAAUGUUAGACCAGUUAAUAAGUUACUAUGUGGUAGGUGACCUCUUGCAUUUCUGAAUAGAAGUUGAAAAUAGCAUUUCUAGAACUGUUAGAUUAAACUUUACUCUGAUUAUUGUUUUUUUUUGUUUUUUUUUUUUACAGCCUCAUUUUAUUCGUGUACUCAUCAGGUUAAGCAAUUAUAUUAAAAUGCCAAUAAUUGUUUGAAAGCUGGUCUGUAAAUAAAACAUGAAUUUAAUAUUUUAGAAAUGUAAACUUUGGACCUUUACCAAUAUAUUUUUUUAAAAUGUUGCUUCCUUUUACAUUCAGUAAUAUUAGUUUGUAAACAAACUAUACGUUUUGUAUCUGUGCAACAUCAGAGGAUGUGUAUUCAUGGCAUUU